ACUGCCUCAGAGACAACGAUGUCGCCGCAGCCGGUCCCGGCUUGCUUGGAACACCCGGAUGGGGCGGGGAUGCUGCUCUCCAAGAUCAACUCACUGGCCCACCUGUGCUUGGCGCCCGGCGGGGAUCUGCACCCGGUCAAGCCCCUGUCAGGGAAAGAAAAGGAACCUCUGGAGAAGCUGUACCAGGUGGGCCCGCUGCUAGGCAGUGGCGGCUUCGGCUCGGUCUACUUGGGCACCCGGCUGGCAGAUGGAGCUCUGGUGGCCAUCAAGUAUGUGUCCCGGGACCGGGUUUCCGAAUGGGGAGAACUGCCUAGUAGGACUAGGGUACCCAUGGAGAUCUUGCUCCUGAAGAAGGUUGGCUCUGGCUUUCGGGGAGUAAUCCGUCUCCUGGACUGGUUUGAGAGGCCGGGCAGUUUUAUUUUGGUUUUGGAACGGCCUGAUCCUGUGCAAGAUCUCUUUGACUUCAUCACAGAGAGAGGGGCUUUGCCUGAGGAUUUGGCUCGCAGCUUUUUCCGUCAGGUUUUGGAAGCAGUUCGACACUGCCACAGCUGUGGUGUUCUACACCGGGAUAUCAAGGACGAGAAUAUCUUGAUUGACCUGAGCAGUGGAGAGCUCAAACUUAUAGACUUUGGAUCUGGAACACUGCUCAAGGACACAGUGUACACUGACUUUGAUGGUACUCGUGUAUAUAGUCCUCCAGAAUGGAUUCGCUAUCACAGGUAUCAUGGCAGAUCUGCUGCUGUCUGGUCUCUUGGAGUAUUGCUGUUUGACAUGGUCUGUGGUGAUAUCCCCUUUGAACAUGAUGAGGAGAUCGUAAGGGGCCAAGUCUAUUUUUGGCAAAGGAUUUCUCCAGAGUGCCAGCAUCUCAUUAAGUGGUGUUUAGCUCUGAGGCCUUCUGACAGGCCAUCCUUUGAAGACCUUCUGAACCAUUCUUGGAUGCAAGAUGUUCUCAUGCCUCAGGAAACAGCUGAGAUCCACUUACACAGUCUAAUUCAAGAGUCUAGCAAAUAGCAGUGUCUCAUCCUGCUGGGUGCAAAA